AUGGCAUACUAUCACCAGCCCAGGCAACAAUCUCGUCCGUAUCGAUAUGACGACGAUUUUGUUACUCCCGAUCUCGAGAGAUCGUAUAAUCCUUACGAUGAAGCCCCGCCCCGGAGGGUAAGAAGAGAGCCGGCGACCGAUGGGUCGUCUGGACCACCACCACGCCGUUACAAGUCGGAAAGAGGCCGUCGCCCUCGAAGCCCAGGAAGGCCUGUCCAUCGCGAUGAGUCCAUGGUACAUGGCCGUGGGCCCGGAUAUCGCAACCAUUCUAAUAGACACGAGUCGGAACGGCGUGGUCAUAGUGUAGGACCUGAUCGCCGAUCGCGAAAACUGAGUCCUCCACCAUUUGGGCCGCCCCCAGAUUCACCUCGUCGUAAAGCCCGAUCCGCGCGGCCCGAACGCGAGUCAUAUCGCCCUGAACGUGAACAUCGUCAACCACCAAGAGAGCCACGACCUGGACGAGAGCGCGACGUGCAUAUCCGAGAUGAACGUGGAAGGCGCUUGGGAAGAGACCAACGAUAUAAGAACGACAGUCCAUCAUCAUCAUAUCCUUAUGAUCGUGAUCCAUAUAUCCAAGGGCCACCACAGCGAGGAUAUCCAGACGAGGCUCGGGAAACCCAUCGGGCCCAAAACAGGGAUCCUAAUGCCGACUAUCCUCCCCGUCGCCACGGGAGGUCGUUACCACCGGCUGAUCGAUCAAGAUCACGGGGAAGAACUGGGAGAUCGCGGUACUCGGAUUCUGGGUCAGACACAGAAGACGAUCAUUAUGUAGCUGGAGCCGCAGCAGCUGGAGCCGGUGCCGCGGCUGCUGGCCGAAGACGUCCACGCUCUCAGGGAAGAGACCGGCGCGGACGAAAUCAUGAACAAUCUCCGACUCGUGGUCGCCCACCAAUUACCCAAAAAUCUCGCGGCGCUCCAUCUGGACGUCGGAGCUCUAUGCCGGCUUCUACGAAGAACAAAGCUGCCGCAUGGUGGCAGAACCCAAUGGUGCAGGCAGGCGCCCGUACUGCUUUUACUGCUGGUGCUCAAGCAGCGAUGAAAUCCGGCAAAGAGUCUGGUCCUUGGUUAGGCCCUAAAGGAGCAAAGGUGGCCACUGCUGCCCUUGGUGCAGCUUUAGUUGAUGGUUUCAUGGGCCAGAAGCAUCCAGAUAGUACAAGACAAAAGCUUAUGAGGGAGGGAUUAAACCUAGCAUCAGCGCAAACUGGAAAGGUUCCAGAGCGCCGUGGCUCCUCUCACUAUAAAUAA